CUUAAUGUAUACUGUACGCGUAUUCUUUCAAGAUGUUGAAAGUGAAUUCCUCAGCAUAACAUAAAAUGUUAUGAGACGGAGCUCAAUCCGGACUCCUUUUUGUCGCCCUUAUUUAAUAGUCUUAAGCGUUGGAAGUUUGCGCAAGUUUGCGUUUAUACACGAUUUUCUUCAAAAUUAUAAACUGGUUUUCUGGCAGCAAUGUCAGAUCCGAAACCUUGCAGAGUUUGUAACUACUCGCGUAAAAAGUCGUACGGAAUAGCGGUCCAGUCUUUGGACCAGCUGAAGAUAAAAGGAUCCGAGUUGCUGGGCUUUACCUCCGAAGAUCUUGUCUCAGUGGUUCUGGAGGAGGAUGGGACCAUAGUCGAAGACGAAGUCUAUUUCCUGUGCUUGCCCUCAAACACCAAGUUCAUGCUCCUGAAAGACAAAGAGAGGUGGGCCCCGAUUACUAAAGUUGACGGGGGCACAGCCUGGCUCGGCGUGGGGGGGGAGGCCGACGAGGUGGACCGCGCCGUCCCGGGCGCAGAGGGCUGGCAGGAGCCGGCCCGGAGGCUGCAGCAGGACCUGUCCGCCAUCGUGCUGAUGUCCGAGGCCGACCUCCAGGGCCUGGCUGACGCGCCCUGUGGGACGCUGGCGGCCGCGCUGGGCUACGAGGAGGCCAGGACCCGGGCUCUUCAGGACACCCUGCAGGGCGUGCUGGACCGCAGGCAGGAGGAGCGCCAGGCCAAGGAGCUGCUCCAGCUCUACCUGAGGGCAGCGCAGGGCGAGAGCCGGGCAGGUGAGACAGCAGGGCCGCGUGGCGCCAGGAUCGAGGUCCCAGGCCAGGAUGUUACGGAUGGAAAGGAGAUGGAGGUGGACGCAGCCGGCAGAGGUGCUUCCAAAUUCAGUCAGAGGACGCUUAUGGUACUGAAGGGGAAGACCAGCCCUGAGACCAGACUUUCCAACCAAGAACUGCAGCUGCUGAUCAACGAAGGGGCUCGGACAAUGUCCGAUGUCCUGGGCUGGGAUAUGGAGAAGGCAGAGAACGUCCUGCAGGCCUGUGAGGAUGAGAUGAAGAAACGUCUGGAGAAGGUGUCGGCCAUGCACUCCCUCAGCUCCCUGUCCCAGAGGCCCAUGGCAGAGGAGGAGAAUGGAGAGACUAAGGCUAAGCGCCAGAAAUAGUCCCUUAUUAUACCCAUAAUCCCCUUUGAGCAGGAGGCUCUUGACAGCAGGCCUUGUUAUGGUAGUAACCUGCCCCUCAGGGCUGCUGCCACUCAGGAGACAGGCUGGUGGGGACAUGUCUCAUAAUUUCACAAGCCUUACAGCCAACAAAGAGCUUCAGGCCCUGGGCCAGAAACAUACAGGAGUGACUGUUUACUUUUUCUGUCUUUACGAGUUUCAUUUGUGAGGGAUAUAAUGUAAACGCCUCAUGAAAUAUGUUCCUGUAGGCCUCUGCUUUACCUCACGAUUUAGACUGAGGAAGAAAUAUUCCCCAUUUGGAACAAAAACCAGGUCCCACCUGCCCCCCACCUCUAGAUAUGCAGGCUUUGAAGCCCACCCUUGUAGUCUAGUACAAUGACAUUAGCUCCAAAACCCUCCAAUGAAAAUAGUUUUAGCUGGCUUCUACCUACACACGAUUUCCCUUGAGGCUGAUAGAUGUGUUCUUAUAGCCUGCUCCUCUUAGGGAAAGACUCCAUGCGACACCUUACUUUAAAAGACAAAUGCCAAGAAAACACUGCGUGACCGGAAUGAGCCAUGAUCUUAUAAGAAGGCUUGCCUGUUGCUUUCCUUAUAGUUGAUCACUUGCUGAUCAAUGGGUUUUAAAUGUUUAAAAACCCAUAGUUGUAUCUUGGCAUAUUAUUGUUAAAUAUAUCCUCCUUUGCCAUUGUAACUACCCGUGAGAGGAUUGUCAGACCUUUCAGAAUUGCAUGUAUCAUAAUAGGAUUUCCCUGACCUGUUGCCUCCAUUGCCUAUCUGAUUAUUGGGCAACCAUUUCUGUAAUCUUGACAUGUUCAUGGGGGGAAAAAAAGAGUGUUUUUGUUUUGGGAAUUGCCUUAUUAUGUCUAGUGCUGUGGUCGUACACAAAUGCCAAAUCUCACCCUGUAGCAAGUCAGAUAUUACCCUCAUUAAAGACUCACUGCGGUUCAACCGGUACAGAGAAACACGGUGUAGGAUGUUUACCAGGCUUUUACUAAGAAGAAUGUUCCAUUUUAAAUUAGGGAUGAGAGGAACAAGAAACCUGCUAAAACUGACCACGUAAUACACUGUUUUUAUACUGAGUCAUUCUCUUUAAUUUUUUCAUAAUGAUAUAUUUGUGUCGGUUCUUCCACACUUAGAGGGGCUGAGUAACCAGGGUUUGUAUAACAAGAACAGAUUGAUUUUCUUUUUUACUUGCUACAAUCUGAGAAUGUUUGUACCAGGAUCAAUGCCAAGUGGCACCACACUUGCGUGCAAAAAUAAAGUCAUCAAACAUCAAAGCUGA